CCAAUUCUCACACGCCGUCAUUCAGUUAGUGACUUACAUUCAACCAAGAUCAACACACAUCCGACUGUUGAGCAGGGAUGAAGAAACUAGUACCGAUAGUGGCACUCGUGCUUUUUACCGGCCGAUUCGUGGAUUCGCAGGAAUGCAUUGGAAAAUGUGUAAAGAAGGAUGAGUGCCGAUUAGCUGGCAGUUCAGACGUCUUUGUAGUCCCUAUGCUACCAGUAACUCAAGCAGGCACACUUGAUGGCGAUUUUAUCGACCUCAGACUCGACGAAGGUUGCGAUAGGUUGGAAACAUGCUGCACAGAACAGGACGUUAUUCCCAGUGCGAUCAAAGAGCAAUAUUCGUUUGACAAAUGUGGUGAAAGAAAUCAGAACGGUAUUGGUUACAGAUUAACCGGACACAAAGUAGGGGUUGCGGAAUACGGUGAAUUUCCAUGGACGUUGAUGGUGUUGAAAACUCAAAUGGUAGUGGACAUAGACAAGGAAGUAUACCUCUGUGGAGCAUCAUUGAUCGCUCCGAACCUCGCGCUGACGGCUGCUCAUUGUGUGGUGAAUUUUAAAAACGAAAAAUAUUUGGUUCGGGCAGGAGAAUGGGAUACAAAUACCGAUAGAGAAUUGUAUGCUACGCAGACACGUGAAACAUCUGAAAUAAUCAUCCACGAAAAUUAUAACAAGCAUCACCACAACAACAUUGCUCUGCUUAGGUUUGACAAGCCGUUCACUGCGAAUAAAAAUGUGCAAACCAUUUGUCUACCACCGGCCGGUACAAACUUCGAUGGCCAGGAAUGCUUCACCGGCGCAUGGGGUAAAGACAAAUUUAAGCAAGGUAAACUGCAGAAUAUUCUUCGCCGGGUAGAAGUACCGGUUGUUCCCCACGGGCCCUGUCAAAGCGCAUUUCAGUCCACACGGCUGGGAUCGGGAUUCAAACUGCAUGAUAGCUAUACCUGCGCAGGAGGAGAAGAAAAUGUGGACGUUUGUACGGGAGACGGAGGUGCUCCACUAGCUUGCGCGAUUCCUGAAGACAGUGGCCGAUACUACCAAGUAGGGAUUGUAGCCUGGGGUAUCGGGUGCGGCCAAAAAGGGAUCCCAGGAGCUUACACAGAUGUCGUUAAAUUUGUUCCGUGGAUUCGGAAUAAGAUGACUGCUUUGGGUAUUGAUGCGAAAACGUCAACUUUCCCAUGAGGCACAAUCUCAUAAAUUGAUAGGUGUAAAGAUAAAGUAUUUAUUGAAAAA